AUGGUUUCUCAUCAGUUUCUGACUCUGGCCUUCCGCUUGUGUCAGAAUCAUCUCGACAAAUGUUUACUUGAGAUAAGCAAUCAUGAUGCAGAAUCGCACCUUCCGACUAAGACUAUGUCGAGGCAAGGUCGACAGCUAAUUCAGCAGGCGUCCAAUCUACUCAGUGGCAGGUCCUGUGAUGAGCUCAGCACUCGUCAAGGAAAUGACCGAACAGCCGUCCAAGAUCAAAUCACGCCGAAACCCCAACGCAGAUUAUCUCAGCCCCCCAAAAGUCCACUUCCCAGAGGCCUACCUCCCAAAAGUCCACUACCUGAAAGUUUACCCCUCGAAAAAGAAAUUAGUCGAUCAUUGUCGCUGGCUGAAGAUCUCCACACUCAACUUUCUUCGAGUCCAUGGAACAUCCAGAUUUCUGAUGAUGACAUUCAAUCUAAGGAGAGUUCCAGUGAGAAGACAGCUAGUAUCCACAGUCCAGAGAAUCCCGAGCUACCCUUUGAAUUCCUCGAGUGCCUCUCAGCAGAGGACCAAGUUCAAUUUUUGAGAGCCCGAAAUGAAAAACAAAAACGUCAAUUGACACUUCAAAGCAGCUCUUCCAGUGAUGUGGAUAUGCUCUCGGAAGGCUUUGGGGAUCGUGAGCACGGUUCUCAUAGCCAUAGCCUCGAACUUGAACACUAUGCUGGUCAGAACGAUUUCGACGACGACGAUGACGAUAAUUUGCUGUUCUGUAAACUAGCAGAACUCGCCGAGGAGCCACUUGAUCCCGACAUUGAAAAAGACCAAUCCAUGGGUCAAGAGCUCGAACUUGAAGACGCUGACACUCACCAUGAAGCUGUGUUGGAAAAUGUCGAAGAGGCGACUGUUCAAGAUCCGGCUUCCAAAUCGAAAAAGAAAUCCCCGAAAGUAGUAACCUCCAAACUCUCCCGGAAGGAACAGGAGACCGCAAAAGGAAUAGGGCGUCGCAAGAUUCUCACAGACAAGAAGCAGAAGUCAGAUGGCGUCAAACUUGGCACCGGAUCUCCCCAGAAAUGGCGGCAGCCUCAGACAAAGACGACUAGGCUCUCGGAUCAUGAGCUUCGGAGUAUUUUUGUCCAUAGUGACAUUGUCAGAAUUUCUGAGAUAAACUCAGAAUUGCCCGCAGUCCCAGGAUUCUCUAGUCAUGUGCGAAAGGUUGCCCUUCAAGAAAUGGUCGCGAGCAUCCCUACCGAACAACAAGCCGAAGCUCGAUCAGACAAACAGAGAAUCAACGAGGCAAUCAGGCAGUUCAACCACAAGCCUAAAAGUGAUCAGCAGGGACUUUGGAAGGUUAAAGGCCUGAAAACAAGUCUUUUCCACCACCAGGUUUUGGCUGUGGGUUGGAUGCGUGAUCGAGAAAUAUCAACUACGCCGCCAUAUGGUGGUUUGCUUUGUGAUGUGAUGGGGUUGGGCAAAACCGUCACGGCACUUGCAAAUAUCCUGGACGGCAGACGCCUGGAAAGAGAGGAGCGAAGGCCUCCCACCUUGAUCGUUGUUCCCUCACAGCUCGUUGAUCACUGGAUGCAACAAAUGAAACUCCAUUUCGAUCCUGGUGUUUUUGGUACCGUCUACAAGUGGGACAAGCGAUCAAGCUCUGCCUUUGAAUUUAACCCCGACGGCAUUCUUGCAUUUGAUGUGGUGCUCGCCACAUUUGAGAACAUCCGCAAAUCGUAUCCAAAUCCGAAGGUACCGAGUGAACUCCAAUCGGACGAGGAUAUCGAUAAAUGGUGGUCUGAAUUUUACGACCGUGAGCAAGGCGUAUUUCACAAGAUCAAAUGGUAUAGAAUCGUCCUUGACGAGGGACAUGUCAUCAAAAACCGAGACUCGCAAACAUCCAUGGCUGUGCGAGCUCUGUCUGGGUAUUUCAAGUGGAUUCUCAGCGGGACUCCUCUACACAACUGUGUCGAGGAGAUGUUCCCAUAUUUUAAUCUGCUCGGCGUCCCGAACAGCUCUCACUUUGAGGUAUUCAAACGGAGUUACUGCGAUUCAUUUGCAAGAUCAAAAAAGCGUUUGAUCAAUAUCUUGCGCUCUAUCCUCCAUCGGAAGACGCAUGAAAGUCGUUUCAUGGGGCGUCCACUAGUGGAAAUGCCAAAGAUCACACAGAAAGAUCUAACAGUGAAUCUCUGCGAAGCGGAAUUAUCUCUCUACAAAGCAGUGACCGAUUUGUUCAUUGAAAACGUCAACAAACUUUCUCAUCGUCCAUCCUCGCAAUGGAAAUGUAUCUUGACGAUGUUUCUCAAGUUGCGCAUGUUCGUCAGUCAUAUACUCACUUCCCAGGACAUCGUCCGGUAUGCUCUCAAGCACGAUGGCGAUUUGAUGAAAAAUCUCAAAACUUUGACAACAUCAGACUCAAACGAUGCAUCAACUCAAAUUGUCGAGUCCUUGAUGGUCAUGACAGACGCUGAAUCCGUUCCAAAAGCCCCAAUUAGGGCUCAGAAUCAACUUCUCGUACUAGGCCCGAGGCUGAGAGGAAACUACAAAAUCCUGUCUGCUAAUUUUGAAAAGUUCCUGGAACAACUUCGUGAAGAAGGACACUGGGUUGAGCGCCACAGACGACUGCGCUGUGCUCACUGCGAGUUCCCACCUCAGGCAGGCAUCUUAACCUCAUGUUAUCAUCUAUACUGUGAAGAGUGCUUCGAUUCUCUCUCAAGUACGGAAGCUGGGUCUAACACAGAGACCCUGGUAUGUUACAGUUGCACGCAGGUUAUCACUGAAGCAGCCUCCUACAAUAUCUUCGACAGAAUCGACCCUGAACAAGCAGCUUCCCCGGUUUCUACUACUUCAAAGAAGCGAAAGCGGGGAAAUCAAACCACUCAGAGACACAGGACAGGUGGAAACGGUACCAAGCGAGCUAAAAAGCCCUCCAAAUCCUCCAAGGCGUUCAAGUCUCAAUACGGCAGGUUUCAUCCGAGCUUUCACGACGAUAGUGAUGACGAAGAAGAUGAUCCUCCCGAAGCAGAUGACCCCAAUGAAGACUGGAUUCCUAUCAUCGGCCAAAAGACACCCGGCGCUAAGCUUACCGAAACUCGAGAGCUUAUUCGAGAUUUUAUGCAAAAGGACGACAAAGUCAAAAUAGUGAUGUUCUCUAUAUUCAUCGACACCACGACAUUGAUGGAACAAAUAUGCGAGGAAGAGGGAUGGUACUACACGAAGAUAACUGGAAAAAUGUCGAUUCCAGUGCGAAAUGAGAACAUCACCCGUUUCCGUCAAAAUACCGAUAUAAAAAUCAUGAUUGCGUCGCUGAGAACUGGUGGAGUCGGUCUUGAUUUGUCUGCUGCCAACAAAUGCAUUCUCGUCGAUUUAUGGUGGAACGAGGCUGUAGAGGAACAGGCACUCUGUCGACUAUUCCGGAUUGGCCAAAAGCGUGAGGUGCAGUUCGUCAAGCUUGUCGCAGGGGGUACGAUUGAUGACAAGCUUCUUGCUAUGCAGAAGGACAAGAGCAGGAAGAUCCAAGAAGUCAUUAGCCCAGAGGUUCUCGCCGGCCGUGAUACGGAUAAACAGCUCCUUGAGUGGUUCGGGGAAAUUCAACAGGUUAAGGGAGGGGGAAUCAAGAUUAUUCCCCGUCAGCCUGGAAAGAAGGAAACGCCCAUUAUUGUGGAUUGA